AUGUCGAAUGCCCAAGUUUCCAGCACGGCGGGUGCAGACCGCUCGGCGGUGAAAACUCCUCUUCUCAUCCCUGGUCGUGGUGAUCCUGUCAAAGAUGCUAUCUUGAUUUUUUCUUCAGGAAAGAUCGACUAUGCAGGGCGUCUAUCUAAGCUCCCCAAGUGUCUGAAUGUUCCCCAGGAGCGGACAGUCGAGGUGCCUGUCUUGCUACCCGGCCUCUGGGACUGA